AUGGGUGUACAAAAGAAGACGCGCAAGUUCGCACAAGUCAAGCGAGUCAUCGGCCAACGCGAUGCCCGCCUCAAGAAGAACCAAGUCACUGGCGACGACAAGGCCAAAAAGCCGACAUCUGAAGAAGUUGUACGAGAGAUCCCGCAAGCACCCUCAUCAAUGUUCUUCCAACACAACACGGCCCUCCAACCACCCUACUCGGUCCUCGUCGACACCAACUUCCUCUCCCACACCGUGCACAACAAACUGGAACUCCUGCCCUCCCUAAUGGACUGUCUCUACGCCACCUGCCGCCCCAUAAUAACCUCUUGCGUCAUGGCCGAGCUGGAAAAACUGGGUCCCAAAUACCGCAUCGCUUUGAAAAUCGCCAGAGAUGAGAGAUGGGAACGCUUGGAGUGCUCGCACAAGGGAACCUAUGCGGACGACUGUAUCGUGGAUAGAGUGUUGAAGCAUAGGGUUUAUCUCGUUGCGACCAACGAUAGGGAUUUGAAGAGGAGGUUGAGGAAGAUUCCUGGUGUGCCGAUUGUCAAUGUUGCAAAGGGCAAGUAUGUUAUUGAGAGGUUGCCUGAUGCACCUGAGAAGUAGAAGAGAUGGCCUGCUUGAGCAAGGAAUGGAGAGGAAAGACACAAGAAAGAGAUGCUGGGAAAAGAAGACAUGGGGGGAUUCGUGUUUCUGCGACUGGGUUGGAGUUUUCAUGGAUGCAUAUUGGGAGGCGUUACUCUUCUUUCUCGACUAACCUUCGAAGCAGAAGGCACUAGGCCUGCGUUCUUGCUGCACAUACUAUCGGUGCCUUGCAAGGACGCCUGAGCCGUCAUAAGACAUUGUUUUGUCCAAAUGAAUAGCACAAAAAUCACAACUAUCAAACACAUCGUUCUGGACU